AUGGGGCAGGGGCUGAGCUGCGGACAAUUCCGCGAAAAUGAUCUGUUCGUUGUAGUCCAAACUGGAGAGCUUGAAGCAGUUGAAGCAAUGGCCGAUGAGAAACGAAAUUUGUUGACAGUGAAAACCGUUCAUGGUAAGCUUUCUGCACUGCAUGUGGCUGCUGCAACUGGGCAGAUUGAGGUUCUUUGUGUGCUUUUGGAUCGGUGUAGUAAUCCAGAUAUCUUGAAUCGCCACAAACAGACUCCAUUGAUGUUGGCUGCUAUGCAUGGCAAUAUUUCCUGCGUGAGAAGACUGAUUCAAGCUGGAGCUAAUAUUUUGUUGUUUGAUACAUUACAUGGAAGAACCUGUUUACAUUAUGCAGCCUACUAUGGUCAUUCAGAUUGCCUACAAUUGAUUCUUUCUGCUGCUCAUUCUACUCCAGUUGCACAAUCUUGGGGGUUUUCGAGAUUUGUUAACAUAAGGGAUGGAAGUGGUGCAACCCCGCUGCAUUUGGCAGCUCAUCAAAGACGACGAGAUUGUGUUCACGUUCUAUUGAGCAGUGGAGCUCUUGUGCUUGCUUCUACUGGUGGAUAUAGCUACCCAGGGAGUACACCUCUUCAUUUGGCUGCACGGGGUGGUUCUUUGGACUGUGUCCGGGAAUUGCUUGCUUGGGGUGCUGAUCGUCUUCAAAGAGAUUCCUCUGGGAGAAUACCUUACAUGGUUGCCGUGAAGCACAAACAUGAAGCAUGCGCUGCAUUAUUAAAUCCUAUUUCUCCUGAGCCUUUGACUUGGCCGUCGUCCUUGAAAUUUAUUGCUGAGUUGAAUCCUGAGGCAAAAGUUUUAUUAGAAAAAGCCUUAAUUGAAGCCAAUAAAAAGAGAGGGAGAGUGAUCUUGAUGGAGGCGUCUGACUCAAUUCCACAAUCUUCUAGUUCUGGUGUCACUGACGAUGAUUUUGAGGCCAACGAUGCGAAGCUAUGUUGCAUUUGCUUCGAGCAUGAGUGCACAAUUGAGGUUCAAGAAUGUGGUCAUGAGAUGUGUGCUCAUUGCACUCUGGCUUUGUGCUGUCACAUCAAACCCAAUUCUGCUGCUAAUUCUGUAAAAAUUCCACAAUGUCCAUUCUGUCGAACUGGCAUUACUCGCUUAGUUGUUGCCAAGAACAAAAUUGAUGGUGACAUGGAGAUGUUCAGUUCAAGUACGCCUAGAAGAACAAGAAAGUCAUUUAAUCCUGGUGAAGGCAGCAGCAGCUUCAAGAGUUUGCCAUCCUUGGGUUCAUUCGGGAGAUUAAGCCGGGGUUCAGGAAAGGUUGGCGUAGAAUGCAAUGAGGAGUUUGAUAAGACUUAG